UCCUAUCCCAGCACAGCUGAUGGACUCUACAAUUCCAGGCCCCUAUUUCGUCAGCCGUUGAAGCGCCAAUAUGCCCACCAUGCGUCUAACCUCAUUGCAAGGGCAGCUUGCAGAAAUUGCGGCCAAGAGCACCCGUCAACUCGACCUCAAGGCGCAAAAGGCCGCUCACGCGAAGUCACUGCUCUUCGAGCCUAAAGUCGCCGCCUCUCAAUCGUUCGACGCCGUCUACUUAGUAUGUUACGAGGGAUUUCGCGACCUAUGUGCGCUCGACCAUCGUUUCACGCCGUUUGCGCGGACUCUGUUCAGCGAGCAGAGCAAAGUGGAGGAUCGGACACAGAUGACUAAGGCAGAGAAUCAAGAACUAGACUCCGUCUUGGAGGCAUUUAUCGCCUUGGUGGGGCCGCGGCUACUGCUGAAGCCCGCCGAGAAAGCCUUGGAGUGGCUGGUCAGACGGUUCCGCGUCCACGAGCACAACACGCAAUGUCUUGUGCUUACCUACCUCCCAUACCACAAUACUCCGCAGUUCCUAUCCCUUUUAUCGAUACUUCCAUCGAGUCCGCCACCGGCAUUGCGAUUCCUCUUCUCGUACAUAACCCCGCCGAAGAACCCCCCCCGACAAACCAUUGUAUACACCGCAGCCCACACACCUGCCUUCUUCAACGCUCUUCAAAAUCAUGUAGUAAAGGUUCUACAAGCAGGAUACCAGAAUCCUCCGCUCCUCUCAUUCUGGUCUGGCAUUACAACUCAAGCAAUUGAUGCCACCCUUGAAUCUUCACUCUCGGGAAGGAAGGGUGUGCAAGAUCAACGAAUGGACGAGAUUCUCCUUAGGAUCCUCCCCGUCUUGAAUGAAUGUUUGAAGUCCUCCACGGCUCAGGAGGCUGUGUUGGGCUCGUACAUGAUCAUCAUUAUCCUGGCUACAAAGGGCGCUUUCGAGGAUAAAGUUCUUGACUCUUUGAUGGAAGCCGUGGUGCUGAGCCAGGAAGAGGAGACGAUGGAGAGUUCCCUGAUGUGUCUGGCCAUCGUAGCCGAGGAAAGGUCCCAGGCACACCUCCCCGCAUCGGUUGUGAAGAGGGUUCUCAAAACUCCCGACUUAUAUCGGAAACUGCAGUCUUUGGCGGAUAAAUGUCGGGUUGGACGACUCACUCUUGGAUGUGCGUUAGGCGCUCUCCACCGUCUCAGCUAUGCAACGAACUCGACGGAAUUUCAACUCUUCUUCCAAAAUGCCAUGGACCCCCAUCUACUUGAUGAUUCCCAGGUCGAGAUCUCGUUAUCGAGUUUGCUCCGGUUACUUCGGAAAAUUGUUCCGGGGUCGACCCAACAUCGCGAGCUCCUUGAUCUCAUCGCUAAGUUGACCGAAUCAAGCCCUGUUUCUGCGAAGCUACAGACGAUGCUUCAUGCAAGAAAGGCAGUUUUCGAGUCGCUGGGGGUUGUCCUAUCACCGCUAGUUGAUACUAGCGAAACGAGCGAUGAUAAUACAGACGAGGACAUGGCCGAUGCUGAACGAGCACCAGCGCAUAUCAACAGCCAAACACAAAUUUCUCUCCCUGAUAUUUCUGAAUCCUCCUUCCUCGAUACUGUGCCUCCAAAAUCUCUCGACGAAGCUACAAGUGCGUUUGAACAGGCUGUUAUUCAAGGUGACCAGCUCAGUCAUUUCCUAAGCCGGCCAGCACUUCGGCGAGAUGAGGGCUUCCAAGGAACCUUGUUUCCUAGUUUCAUGAUCCGGUUGUGGUGUGGCCCAAACUCUAAUCGGGUCCGCCUUGCUGCUCUCCGCGCGACCACAUCUUUAGUCGAGGAGGUCGACAGCACUGUUGAUUUUCAAGUCCUCAUCCCCUACCUUUUGUAUGCGCUUUCAGAUCCAUCAUCAGACGUCCGUCGCGCAGCUGCUACAUGCACUGUCACUUUAGCCGAGAACACCAAGGCCAUGACAGACUGGCCUGGAAUUCAUAUCUGGGGAUCUUCGGAUUUGUACGGUGCAAACACUUCAAAAGUAUGCUUGUUGGCCCCUGAACAAACCGCAAAAUUUUUCGCAUCAGUUCUUGUUCCGAUUCUCGAAGAAUGCGCGAUGGACUCUGAAUAUGCCAUUACAUCCAUCAGGACUCUUUUACAGGGAACUCAAAUAUCGAAAGACAAAAGUGCGAAAGGGCUGAAAUCAACUGAAAGAAGCUUAUAUCUCGCCUUUUUGAGCAGUCACGUCGCCGUUACACCACUUCUCCGUCUCCGUCUCCGUAUUCUUCCCCUUUUCGAAUCCUCGGAAAACUCUUUCGUAAACAUUCGCUUCAACACUCUAUUCCCUCUUGUGCGCAAUUGGUGUUCUCUGACAAGCUCAGAUACUAGAAUCACCUGCAACCUGGAGAAACUCGAUGUGUCCGACGUGGAUCGAGCGCAUUUGAAUGUCCUCGUACCAAGAGAUUCGGAAAGCGCGAGUCUCCUUCGCAAUAUCCUACAGGGAAAGUUUAACGAAGGGCGAAUGGAUCUCCAGGGCGCUGCAUUUGACCGACUGAAUACCAUCUGGUUAUCUCUGAGAUCGGAAGACCGCUUAUCAUUGGCUCAGUGCCUUCUAGAUCUUGCACUAAAGGAGAAGCAUACCAACAAGCUCGACGAGGUUCGCAAGGAACGCUCACUAGAAACUCUGCGCGACAUUGAAUUAGGCACAAAUAUUCUCACAGCCUUCAUUGAAAGUGUUCCAGCCACAACUCGUAUGCCUGAGGGACCGCCGGCUACGAAGAGAAGAAAGACAAGCCGCUCCGAGAUGGCACGGGUUGAAUUACAAUCUCCACAUGAAACUGCAGUCGUUCUGCGUAGAUUAACACUCGUUUUGGAGCUGGUACAAGGCUCGAAUCCCUCGAAUCAUCCAGCGCUAUUCAAAAGCUUGUUUGCGAUUCUUGGCGAGCUUCAGCAACUCAAGCAGCAAUCUGGUUCAAAUCUUGCCUAUUUACAGAGCCUAGUCCUUGACUCGCUAUCACCGAUUGUCGAUAAACUCAAGAAUAAGGAUCCAGCCGAGUAUCGUAGCUCUGUCCGUGCCGAUCUUCUUAUUGAUUGCAUUCGACAUUCGACCAACCAUCAAGUGCAGAAUGCGGCGCUACUUCUGAUUGGUAGUCUAGCAUCUUGGGUACCCGAGUUAGUUCUCCACAACCUUAUGCCUAUAUUCACCUUUAUCGGCUCAUCCCUGGUUCGCCAAGACGAUGGUUACUCCGCUCAUGUAGUUGAUCAAACCAUAUCGCAGGUAGUGCCACAGCUGGCUGCCUCACUCAAGACUAAGUCCAGAGAUUUCUUAACCGGAGUUGCAGAUUUACUGCUGAGUUUCACAGCCGCUUUUGAACAUAUCCCUCAACCUAGACGACUUAAACUUUUCAGCGAGUUGGCACGGACCCUCGGUCCCGAAGACUCCUUGUAUGCAAUCAUUGCCCUUCUCGUUGAUAGGUAUCCAUCUGGUACCAGCGGACGGAAACUCAUCACCCAGCUGCUGAAACAGUUCGAUCCUAUGGCAACUCUCCAGACCUUCAAGGGAUACCUCGCCCUUGUUAUCGAGGCAGCUAGCCCAAAGCCAAAGAUUUCGAAUACGUUGUUUGGCCUGAACGAAAAGAAACCUUCUCAAGUGGAGGAUGCGCUGACGAACCUAAUAUCUUCUCUAGCGGACCUGGCUGUUGAUGGCGCACUCCGAAGUCACAUCGUCCAAGCGUUCGUGAAGCGUGCUGAUUCAGCGGAGGCUCGUAGUGUUUUCGCUGAAAUCUUGGAGGCCACAAUCCAGCUGUCUAAGAAAGUGGUGGGUAAACCCGGACUUUACCAAUCUUGCAGCCGUGUGCUUGCCAAUUGCCUCGAUCUCUUACCUACGCUGGACCUCAUCAAAUCCGCCGAAUUGCUUCUCCGAAAUGCGGAUCAUCAAGUACAAAUUGCAGCCAUCAAAUCAGUCGAGGUUAGAGCAGGAAAGGUGUCACAAAACGAACAGACCUCUGUUUCGGCCAUUCUAAGUUUCCUUCCUGCAAUCAGAGUAGUCCUACAAAAGUCUCAAGACAUCGAUGUUAAGAUCACUUCCGUUAGCUGCACCGAUAGAAUCGUUGAGAGGUUUGGUAAAAAGGAUCCGCCAGCCGUUGCAGCUAUUGCGCAAACAAUCGCAAGCCCACAUUCGCUGGCAAGCGGCGAUGAUCGGUUACGCAUAUUGUCGCUUCUCUGUCUCGCUUCUAUUGUACCCGUUGUGGAAGGCGACGAGGCAAUCUCGUUAUUACCAAUCGUUCUACCCAAAGCGUUCCAAUAUCUGGAAGAGAGUAUUGACAGAAAGAAUGAUGGUCUGCACAAUGCGGUGUUUGCUCUCCUGUCUGAUAUAGUUGAGCAUCUAGCUUUUAUGUUCUCUGGGGAGUACAUGAGUAGAGCGCUCGAACUCUCGCAUCGGUCGGCUUUAUCCCAGCUAAGUGAAGCAUGUGAUCAGGAUAGACUCCAGUUCUAUCGGACAAUAGCAAGGUGUGUCGGGGCGAAAGAGAUAUUUACUUCUCUUGGAACGACUCUGCCUCAUGCUUUGGGUGAAGGUUAUAAGGCAUUCCAUGAACACCUUGAACUUCUUCUCCUCGCGAUCGAGAAUCACGAUAAGUCGACAGUAAUCCGGGCGAGCCCUGCAUUAUUCUCGUUACUGCUCAGGGCCUUCGAUCUUCGACAAGCAAUUAAUCAAAUCCACAACGAAGACGCAUACAGUGAGGGCACAUUAGAUCGUCUAGAAGAUUCCUUAGUCGAAGCGGUUAUCUCGAUGACCCUAAAGCUGAACGAUGCUACAUUCCGACCUUUCUUUGUUCAGCUAGUCAAGUGGGCAGAUCCUUUGUCAAUCGAGCGUAUAUCUCACGGCAUCGCGCGCUCUGUGACCUUCUUCAAGUUCAUGACAGCCUUCUUUGACAGAUUUAAAUCGAUUGUUACGAGCUACGCGAGUUACAUUGUGAAGCCUGCAUCUCUUCUUUUGGAACAUCUUGUAACCUACGGAGACGAACACGGACUUCGACAACCUCUCCUUGGAGCCCUUCAAAAGAGCUUUCAAUAUGACCAAGAUGGAUUCUGGCAAGCGCCAUCGCAUUAUGGGACAAUCUUACACCCCCUCCUGAAGCAACUAACUAUCUCCGCAACCGCUGAAAUAACUAACGACAUCAUCCCAGCCAUCACUGAGCUCGCCACAGCGUCAUCCUCCUUCUCUAACCACCGAGAAAUCAAUGCAAUUCUACUCAAAUACAUGCGCGCAGAAGAAACACAGACAAGGCUUGCGACGGUCAUGUGUGAGCAGAGUUUAACGAAGAGACUAGGCGAGGAAUGGCUGGGGUUGUUGCCAGAGAUGCUGCCGUUUAUUAGCGAAUUGAGGGAGGAUGAUGAUGAGAUUGUGGAGAGAGAGACGCAGAGGUGGAUUUUGAUGGUGGAGGAGGUGCUUGGGGAGGGAUUGGAGGAUAUGUUGCAAUAGAUGGGGAUUCGGGAUAUGAUGGGAGGACCAUUGCGUUAGAGUCUAGAUAUCAGUUGUGUUUGCGUGUUCCAGAUACGAAAACUUUGAAGGAGUGUGCUCUUGAAGUACUGGGGGUUGUGUUGACAUCUCUCGCUCUGUCGGCAUUCGUAGAGAGUCAUUUUCGUUUAUAAAGCGAAGAAAGCGGGUGGUUAAGACGUUUGCCACGGUAUAUUGGUGCCUACGGUAGAAGUUAGAUGGCUGCUAGCCCGACUAGCCCUUAGUGCGGUAUGGAGUUCUAUCUCG